AUUACUUCAAAUGGAUAGAUUGGAUGUUACCCAGCCCCUCUUUCGGAUGUCUAUUCUAAACCACCAGUUUUCGUGUUUUCAGUUCGUCUUUUACUUCUAUUUUUCAUACCCAAUCCAACGUCACCUGAACCAUUUUUAUAUGCGGAACAUGGGCAUUUUGGAAGGCAGAUUUUGGAAUUAGGAGUUUCGUGUUCUGAUAAGAAUGAGAUACAGAUUGUGACAGAUGGAUUUGUGAUUCUCUUCCUCUAUUAUCUCGGAAUCUUCUUUUUCGUCUGUGUAAUCCUUUUACCUUUUUCUUGGUCCACACCAUCUUUAUAAAGUUCCAGUAUUUCUCCCUUUUUUAUCUUUUCAGUAAGAAAUUGUACUGUUUUUGCUGAAGUUAAUCCCGGUUUAUUCUAAUGAAGAAGCCAAGUGAAAUGAAGAAUUCGGUAUUAAGAAGAUCAAGACAGUGGCAAAUGAAAUCAACAUGUGGAGACUUGAAGAACAAACUCAAUCAUUUACAACAAGAGUGCUGAUUCUAUACCAUCUGCAAACCUUUUGCAUAGAACCCAGUUCAAUUUUAUCAAGAAACAGAAAGAAAGCUUCCAUAGAAGUGCUCAAAAAUGGAGUUAGGGAUUAGAGGAGUAAAGCCAGACGAGCCAACCAUUAACAACCAUAACACCACUGCGGCACCUUCAUCAUCAUCAGGUGGAAGCAACAUGAAUCCUACGAAUAACAACCACACCUUGGCUCAGUAUGGUGUUGAUGCGAGGUUAUUAUCAGAGUUUGAGCGUUCUGUCGGAUCUGGUAAGUCUUUUAACUACUCGGAUAUGCUCACAAAUGCACCAAAAGAUGUGGCGGAAAAAGAAAUGACUGCUUAUUUAGAAGCAAUUCAAAGGGGUGGCUUCGUUCAACCUUUUGGUUGUAUGGUCGCAAUCGAAGAAGCCACUUUUAGAAUUAUAAGUUUUAGUGAAAACUGCUUCAGUGUGUUGAAUUUGAAUCCGGAUGAGCCCAAAAGUCUGCUCGGAAUCGAUGCUAGAACCCUUUUCACCUCAAGUUCUUCGAUUUCGUUACAAAGAGCAGUGGCUUCUAGAGAAAUCACUUUGUUAAACCCGAUUUGGGUUCAUUCUAAAAAGACCCGUAAACCAUUUUAUGCUAUUCUCCAUAGGAUUGAUGUGGGUGUUGUGAUUGAUUUAGAACCGGCUAACUCUAGUGAUCCCACCUUAUUACUUGCUGGUGCAGUUCAAUCACAAAAACUUGUUGUUAGAGCAAGUUCUAGACUGCAAUCUCUCCCUGGAGGAGAUAUCGGGGCGCUAUGUGAUACUGUUGUAGAAGAAGUUCAAAAGCUUACGGGUUAUGAUAGGGUAAUGAUUUACAAGUUCCAUGACGAUGAACAUGGUGAAGUUGUUUCAGAAAUUAGAAGAUCCGAUUUAGAACCGUAUUUGGGAAUUCACUAUCCAGCUACAGACAUCCCACAAGCAGCUCGAUUCUUGUUCAAACAGAAUCGUGUAAGGAUAAUAGUUGAUUGUUGUGCGGAAUCUGUUCGAGUGAUUCAAAGUGACGAAUUAAAGCAACCUUUAUGUUUGGUUAAUUCUACCCUUCGAGCCCCGCAUGGGUGCCAUGCGGUUUACAUGGCUAACAUGGGUUCCAUCGGGUCUUUGGUGAUGGCAAUUCUUGUAAAUAACAAUGCAUCCAUGAAGCUAUGGGGGUUGGUGGCAUGCCACCACUCUUCUCCCCGUUAUGUCCCGUUCCCACUUCGAUAUGCGUGUGAGUUUCUAAUGCAAUCGGUUGGUUUACAGCUUUAUAUGGAACUUCAAUUAGCUGAACAGAAAGCCGAAAAAAGGGUUCUCAGUAUGCAAACGACUUUAUGUGACAUGGUACUAAGAGAUUCCCCUUUCUCGAUUAUAACUCAGUCUCCUAGCAUAAUGGAUUUAGUAAAAUGUGAUGGGGCGGCUUUGUAUUACAAUGGGAAAAUUUGGUUACUUGGUGUAACUCCAAAUGAAUCACAAGUUAUGGAUAUAGCUAAUUGGUUGUAUAGUGAACAUAAGGACUCAACGGGGUUCAGUACCGAGAGUUUGUUAAAUGCUGGUUAUCCUAGUGCGGUUUUGCUUGGUGAUACGGUUUGUGGUAUGGCUGCCGCACGAAUCACUUCUAAAGAUUUCGUGUUUUGGUUUAGAUCACAUAAAGAAAAAGAAACGACUUGGGGAGGCGCAAAGCAUCAUCCCGAGGAAAAAGAUGAUGGUAAUAGAAUGGAUCCAAGAUCUUCUUUUAAGGCGUUUCUUGAAGUGGCAAAGAGUCGAAGUUUGCCCUGGGAAGUUUCUGAGAUAAAUGUGAUUCAUUCUUUGCAGUUGAUAAUGAGAGCAUCGGUUCAAGAUAAUGCCGAUAAUGGUGGUGGUGGUCGUAAGGUGGUGAAAUAUGGUCAAGAAAGUGAGAGUAUAGGUCAAGGGAUGGAUGAAAUCAGUGCGGUUGCAUGUGAAAUGGUGAGAUUGAUUGAAACGGCGUCUGUCCCGAUCUUUGGGGUUGAUGGAUCUGGUUUGAUCAAUGGAUGGAAUGCAAAAAUUGCAGAGUUGACCGGUGUGGUGGCUAGUGAAGCUAUGGGGAAGUCUUUGAUUGAUGAAUUUAUUCUUGAAACGUCACGCGGAGUCGUUGAAGAUCUUCUCCGUAGAGCGUUGGAAGGUGAGGAAGAGAAAAAUGUUGAACUGGAACUAGGGAAGGCUGGUACAGAUCAGCAAAACAACACCACUAUAUACAUCAUGGCUAAUACAUGCACAAGCCGGGACUACAUGAACAAUGUAAUAGGAGUCUGCUUCGUGGGCCAAGAUGUAACAACCGAGAAAAUUGUCAUGGAUAAAUUUGUACGCAUGGAAGGAGAUUAUAAGGCGAUUAUACAAACUCUAAAUCCAUUAAUUCCUCCUUUAUUUGCUUCCAAUGAGAAGGCCUGUUGUUCUGAAUGGAACGCCGCCAUGGAAGAGCUUUCCGGUCGCCGGAGACAUGAAGUUAUCGGAAAAGUGCUUCCUGGGGAGGUUUUUGGGGGUCUAUGUCGCCUCAAAGAUGAAGACACGUUGAUGAAAUUUACGAUUUUGUUGUAUAGAACAAUCAACGGUCACGAUACCUCCGAUAUGCCAUUUGCAUUUUUUGGGAAAGAUGGGAAUCUUGUGGAGGUUUAUCUGACAGCAAAUAAAAAAGUUGCUGAAGGAGGAAAAGUGGUUGGGUGUUUUUUCUUCUUGCAGACUAGUCCGCAAGUGUCUUUUGGUGAAGAUGAAGGAGAAUUUGUAUUGAAACGUGAUAAUUUGGCGUACAUUAAGCAAGAAAUCAAGAACCCUUUAAACGGGCUGCAGUUCACUCAUAAACUUCUUGAAAACUCGGGUGUUUCCAGUUAUCAGAAGCAGUAUCUAGAGACGAGUGUUGCUUGUGAAAGACAAAUUGCAUCCAUCAUUGACGACAUGGAUAUAAGAAGUAUUGAAGAGGGCAGCAUGAAGCUGAACAUGGACCCAUUUGUGAUGGAGAAUCUUUUAGAUGCCAUUGUGAGCCAAGUUAUGAUUGUGUUGAAGGAAAAGAAUAUACCACUAGUUCAUGAAAUACCUGAUCAAGUGAAAAAGCUUGCUCUUCUUGGUGAUCAAAUUAGGCUGCAGAUGGUGUUAUCGGAUUUCUUGCUCAGCAUUGUGCAUCAUGCACCUUCACAGAAUGGGUGGGUGGAGAUCAAAGUGUCCCCUGGACUACUGAUGAUACAGGAUGGGCAUGAGUUCAUUCAUCUACAGUUCAGAAUGACUCAUCCUGGUCCAGGGUUGCCUGCAAAUAUCAUCGGAGACAUGUAUGAAGACCGAAAACAAUGGGGUACCCAAGAAGGACUUGCUUUGAAUCUUUCUAGGAAACUUCUUGGCAUCAUGAAAGGCCUUGUUCAUUAUGUUAGAGAUGAUAAUAAAUGUUGUUUCCUUGUUGAGAUCCAACUUAAAACUAGGAAAUGAAGAUCUCAAAUCAUGAAUUUUGUUGUGUUCAAAUGUAAAAAGAUCAUUACGUUCAAAUAUAGAGGCUAUUAAUAUUUAUUCCAGUUUUUAUGAUA